AUGGGGUCAAACACACUUGGGAAGGCUGCAACAUUAGAUGAGCUUUUGAACACUUGUAUUGAAAUGUUUGAUGACAAAGGAAAUCAGUGCUCCAGCCAUUUGCCAAGAACCUUUCUUUUAAUGCACCGGUGGUAUCUGCCUUCCACAGAGCUGGCUGGCAAGCUUCUGUCCACAUAUAGAGAUGCCAAUGGGGAGAAUUGCAAUGAAUUCAGAUUAAAAAUCUGCUAUUUCAUGAGAUACUGGAUUUUGGAAUUUCCUGCAGAGUUUAACUUGGAUCUUGGGCUGAUUCGUUUGACGGAAGAGUUUCGAGAAGUAGCCAGCCAGCUGGGAUAUGAGGAUCACAUCCGUCUCAUUGACAUCUCCAGCAUUCCUUCCUAUGACUGGAUGAGAAGAGUUACACAGAGGAAGAGGAUUUCCAAGAAGGGAAAAGCCUGCCUGCUGUUUGACCAUCUGGAGCCCAUUGAGCUAGCUGAACAUCUCACUUUUCUGGAGCAUAAAUCUUUUAGGAGAAUUUCUUUCACAGACUACCAAAGCUAUGUGAUCCAUGGCUGCUUGGAGAACAAUCCUACUUUGGAGAGAUCUAUUGCUUUAUUUAAUGGUAUCUCCAAAUGGGUCCAGCUCAUGGUUCUCAGCAAACCAACACCCCAGCAAAGGGCAGAAGUAAUCACAAAGUUUAUCAAUGUUGCACAGAAGCUCCUUCACCUCCAGAACUUCAACACACUGAUGGCAGUUGUGGGAGGUCUAAGCCACAGCUCUAUUUCUCGCCUGAAAGAAACUCAUUCUCAUCUGUCUUCAGAAGUCACAAAGGACUGGAACGAAAUGACAGAGCUGGUCUCUUCCAAUGGAAAUUACUGCAACUACCGCAAGGCUUUUGCUGACUGUGUUGGCUUCAAAAUUCCUAUUUUAGGAGUUCAUUUGAAAGACUUGAUUGCUGUUCAUGUCAUUUUUCCUGACUGGAUAGAUGAGAACAAAGUUAACAUAGUGAAAAUGCAGCAGCUUUCCAUCACCUUGAGUGAACUGGUUUCCCUGCAAACGGCCUCUCAUCAUUUAGAGCCUAAUAUGGAUUUAAUUAACCUGCUAACUCUGUCGCUGGACCUCUAUCACACUGAGGAUGAUAUCUACAAGCUCUCACUGGUGCUGGAACCAAGGAACUCCAAAUCUCAGCCUACCUCCCCGACCACCCCUAACAAGCCAGUAGUGCCACUGGAGUGGGCAUCUGGAGUGGUACCAAAACCCGACCCUACAGUCAUUAACAAGCACAUACGAAAGCUGGUGGACUCUGUCUUUAGGAACUACGAUCAUGACCACGAUGGCUAUAUUUCUCAGGAAGACUUUGAAAGUAUAGCUGCCAACUUCCCCUUUUUGGACUCUUUCUGUGUGCUGGACAAAGACCAAGAUGGUCUUAUAAGCAAAGAAGAAAUGAUGGCUUACUUUCUGAGAGCUAAAUCACAGUUCCAGUGCAAAAUGGGGCCAGGGUUUAUUCAUAACUUCCAGGAGAUGACCUAUCUUAAACCAACUUUCUGCGAGCACUGUGCAGGAUUUCUCUGGGGUAUAAUCAAACAAGGCUACAAAUGCAAAGAUUGCGGUGCCAACUGUCAUAAGCAGUGCAGAGACCUGCUUGUGCUGGCGUGCAGGAAAUUUUCCAGAGGAACCUCGGUAGGCAGCAACCACGGCUCUCUGCCUAGCAGUCCAUCUCUGCCUCCAGUCCAAGAUGAAGUAUUUGAAUUUCCCAGUGUUGCAGCGGAACACCAGGACCUCGAUGGCAGAGCUAUCACUCUUGUCACUGGCUCUUCGCGGAAAAUUUCGGUGCGGCUGCAGAGGGCAACCACCAGCCAAGCAACACAGACAGAACCACUGUGGCAUGAGCCAGGCUGGAAUGAUUCAGGUUCCCAUACUUUCCCCAAAAUGAAGUCCAAGUUCCAUGGCAAAGCUGGGAAAAACAAAGGCUUUGCAAAAUGGGAGAAUGAAAAGCCCAACGUGCAGGCUGAUAUAGAGCUAGAAGCCAAGGGCCCACAACACAUACAGGAUCACAACGGAAUAGAAACGCUCCCAGAAAGGCAAGAAUCUGAGGAUAGCUGACUGCUCACCUGUCUCACAGAAAAAUGAAGAUG